UGGAGGAGUCCAAAAAUGACUAUAUGGUCUGUGCAAGGGAUCUCAAAAUCAUUUGGUCUAGAGACCGUCGUUACUGGCGAUGGGUCAAAGAGACAGAAAACAGUUACGUUGCUGAACUGUUAAAUGUAUGUUGGCUAAAAGUGAGUGGAAAAGUUGAGAACCCAAACCUGUCACCAGGAACUCAGUAUGAAGUUGUACUUGUGGCCAAGAUGAAAACUAGAGCUUAUGGAUGGGAUGCUCCAGUGAAUUUCAAAUUCACUCACCCAGGUGGUACAAAGGACUGGACCAUUAAUUUGGGGGAUAAGUUUAAGGAUAGUAAAGAUCAAUGGAAAGAUAUUAAGUUGGGUGAGUUUAAUGCAUCCGCAAAUCCAGGGGACAUCGAGUUUUGGCUGUAUAAAUAUGGUGGGAAAUGGAAGAGCGGACUUGUUAUCAAGGGUGUUGCCGUUCGACCAAAGAGCUAAGUUGCAGAAUAUUAUUGUAAUAACUAGUUGCCAAAAAUUCACAUUUUGCUUUCAAUCUUAAUGCCAUCUACACCUUCCCAU